AUGUUCACGGUUCCUUGUAAGAUUGGAGAUGUCACUUUUAGUAGUGCUAUGCUUGAUCUUGGUGCCUCUAUCAAUUUCAUGCCCUAUUCGGUGUAUGAAUCAUUGAAUGUCGGACCCUUAAGUGAAACAAGUGUCAUAAUCUCUCUUGCGGAUAAAUCAAGUGUCUUUCCUAGAGGCGUUUUGGAAGAUGUCCUAGUGCAAGUGAACCAAUUGGUCUUCCCGGUGGAUUUCUAUGUGAUUGAUCUAGAUGAGCAAGUGUCCUCCAAAUCGGCUCUAAUCUUGCUUGGGAGACCAUUUUUGAAGACGGCUAGGACGAAGAUCGAUGUGUAUGCGGGAAGUUUGACAAUGGAGUUUGAUGAAUUGUUCGAGUUAUCUAACGGUGAUAUAUUGGAGAUGAUCUUAAGCAAAGGAUUCGAUUGUGGGAAGCUAGCCAAGCAAUUAAAGCUUUAUUCUUUGGAUUCGGAAGUUGAGAAGCUGGUAAAUAAAAUGGAGAUGAAGAAAUCCACAAGAUUAGAUGUCAAGCAAGUUGAAUUGCCCCCAACUCAUACAAAAUUGCCCCCAUCCCUUGUUCAACCACCUGAAUUGGAAUUGAAGGUCUUACCUCAACACUUGAAGUAUGCCUAUUUGGGAAAGAAUGAAACCCUUCCAGUUAUCAUUUCAACUCACUUACCCGAAUUUGAAGAAACUCGUCAAGGUGUUGAAGGAGCAUAA